AUGAAGUCCGGUUUCGGAUUGAUGGCCGUUUGUGCCGUGGCCAACAUGGGUGCAGUUCUCGCUGCCCCAGGCGGCAGUGGUUCUAGGGCCGAUGACAUUGACCUCCUACUGCAGGUCAAACACGUUAUCUACCUCAUGAUGGAGAACCACUCCUUCGACAACAUUGCUGGGUACUGGGAUUUUCAUCCUGAUAUCGAUAACCUGGUUCAUCUCACGGAGCCCUUCUGCAACCCAUACAGUAACCCUAACUGGACAGUCUAUGGCGAGCCUUACUCGAUCUGUGCUGCGCCUAACGAGGGCGAGGUUCCCUUCGACGAUCCUGACCACGACUUCGCUGGUACCAACUAUGAGAUUUUCCAGACCUACUACCCUAACAACGACUCUGUUCCUACUAUGCAGGGUUUCGUUGACCGCGAGUCUGCCAGGUACAAUCUCACUCCUGGUCAGUCUGCUUUCGUCAUCAAAGCCUUCGACGAGAAGAGCACCUCCACGCUGGCCGAGAUCGCCGAGAACUUUGCUUUCUUCGAUCGCUACUUCGCUGAGCACCCUGGUCCAACCAACCCAAACCGCCAGUUUGCAACCUCGGGUUCCACCUGUGGUUUUGUCGAUGACACCACCCAGGCUGCUGGCUUCUUCAACAAUGUGACUGGAACCACCUGUGCCAUGUCUAUCUUCGAAUCCCUCUCGAAUUCCGGAAUUUCCUGGAAGAAUUACUAUGAAUCCGACAUCGUCGACGCCUGGAACUACGAGUGGGUUCAGAAGAAUGCCAUGGACAAGCUCGAUACCGCCAACAACUUAUACAAGGAUCUCCAGGAAGGAACCUUGCCACAGUUCUCGUACAUCAACCCGGAAUGCUGCACCGUCACCUCUAUGCACCCGACUUCCAACAUUGCUGCUGGUUCUGCAAUGAUCAAGCACUUGUACGACGCUGUCCGUAACUCCCAGUAUUGGGACAACGUCCUGAUUAUCCUGAACUUCGACGAGCACGGUGGAUUUGCGGACCACGUCGCACCUCCCAUGAACGUCCCUAUCCCCGAAGACAGAAUCUCCUUCGAUGGUGAGUCCGAGGGCUUCAACGUUACCUUCAACUUUGACCGCCUUGGUGUUCGCGUUCCUGCCUUUUUGAUCUCUCCUUGGGUCCCCGCCAACACGUUGAUCCACGAGGAGGGUACCAUGUAUGAAUCCAACUCCGAGUACACUCACACGUCCUUCCUUCACUUUCUCCAGAAUCUCUGGGGACUUGAAGGUCUGAACAACCGUGUGCAGUGGGCGAAAACCUUUGAACAGGUCUUCACAGAGAAGCCCCGUACGGAUACCCCCCAAAACCUCACUCGUCCUGUCUGGUAUGGUGGUAGCACUGGUCCUCAGCCUGAUAAGUUCUAUCUGCUGAACCAGCCGUACUCCUACUACGCCGACCUCCCUUAG